AUGGAGGACUACGAAAAGCUUGAGAAAGUAGGCGAAGGUACCUAUGGGAAGGUCUACAAAGCGAGAUGCAAGAAGACUGGCACGACAGUAGCGCUGAAAAAGACCCUUCCGGAGAUGGGGGAAGAGGGAGUUCCACAGACAACCAUUCGUGAAGUUUCUCUUUUGACAAUGCUUUCAAAGAGCGUGCAUGUCGUACGUUUACUCAACGUUGAGCACAUUAUCGAGUACAACACGACCACGGUUUACCUGGUCUUUGAGUACCUGGACUUCGAUCUGAAGAAGUACAUGGAUGCGCGUGGCAAGGGCCCAAGCUUCGCGCUGGAACCUAAAAUUGUGAAGAAUUUCAUGUAUCAACUCCUCAAAGGGGUUGCCCACUGCCAUAGCCACGGAGUUAUGCACAGAGACCUUAAGCCGCAGAACCUUCUCGUCGACAAAGAUCGGGGCUUGGUGAAAAUAGCCGAUCUUGGAUUGGGCCGCGCAUUCACUGUUCCUAUCAAGAGCUACACACACGAGAACCUUGCUUUGUUUGUGCCAGAGUUGGACGAGAAGGGCGUUGAUCUAUUGAAGCACUGCUUGGAGUAUGAUCCUGCCAAGAGGAUCACUGCAAAGGAUGCUCUUCAGCAUCCUUAUUUCGACAACUUCGACAAGUCGCAAUUUGAUGCUCCUUUCUGA